AUGAAGGACUACGAGGACCUGCAACACAUGGAAGCUGUAACUUCAUCAUCACAACGGGAAGAUACCGCACGGUGCUACUUACCGCAUCACGGAGUGUUGCGAGAGACGAGCACCACUACGAAGCUCAGGGUUGUGUUCAACGGCUCUCAGCUCACAACCUUGGGCACCUCACUGAACGCCAGCCUACUGACGGGAGCCAACCUCUUACCAGCUCUCGCGGACGUGCUGCUUCGUUGGCGCUGGCACCGCUAUGUCUUCGUGGCGGACAUCGAGAAGAUGUACCGCCAAAUCCUCAUCCACCAGGACGACCGCGAUCAUCAGCGGAUACUGUGGCGGCACAGUGCCGCCGACGACAUCCGCGAAUACCGCCUACGAACGGUCACGUAUGGCUUGGCGUGCGCGCCGUUCCUUGCCAUACGGACCUUGCACCAGCUCGCCGAUGACGAGGGUACACGUUUCCCGCGGGGAGCUGCCGCGCUGCGCCGCGAUACCUACGUGGAUGACAUCGUGACCGGCGCCGGCACCCUUUCGGAAGCCACUUUAGCCCAGCGAGAGCUCCGCGGCCUCUGCAUGGCGGGCGGGUUUCCGCUUCGGAAGUGGGCGACGAACGACCUCCGCAUCCUGGACGGCGUUCCGCACGAGCACCGGCUCACCCACUCACCUCACUCGUGGUUUCACGAAAGCCACACCACACUAGGUCUUCACUGGCAUCCGGCCGGUGACCACUUCACCUUUUCACAACAGGCGCGUCACUUCGAUGAACUCACUAAACGACGCGUGCUGUCUGAGACCGCCCGAAUGUUCGACCCGCUGGGCUGGCUCACUCCGGUCACGAUGCGAGCAAAAAUCUUAAUCCAGUCCGCCUGGCUCCAGAAGCUAGACUGGGAUGCUCCUCUUCCAUCAACGGACGCACUUGCUUGGAAGAGCCUGCUCACUCAACUCCCACGCCUCAACGAGAUAAGGGUAUCUCGUUGGCUCGGCAGCGACGGUUCGCACUCACACGUUGACCUCCACGGAUUCGCCGACGCAUCGGAGCGAGGAUACACCGCCGUGGUGUACCUCCGCUCUUCCACUCAAAGGGGCACCACGAUCCACUUGCUCAACGCGAAGGGCAAGGUCGCCCCCGUGAAGCCCGUGUCCUUGCCGCGACUCGAGUUGUGCGCUGCCGCCCUCUUAACGAACCUCGUUGCUCACACGCGCACUUUAUUGAGUCUGUCCGCAGCCCCCGUCUUCCUCUGGUUAGAUUCCAAGGUAACACUUCAUUGGAUUCACGGUCACGCCUCCCGCUGGAAGACCUACGUGGCCAACAGGGUGUCUCUGAUCCAAGAGCAACUGCCCGAAGCGCGAUGGCGACACGUGCCGGGAAGGGAUAACCCGGCUGACUGCGCCUCCCGAGGCAUCCUGCCUGACGACCUGGCCGAUCAUCUUCUCUGGUGGACCGGACCAUCCUGGCUCCUAGAGGACGAGGCGAGGUGGCCAAGUGACGACGGCGCCCUGCUGGACGCUGACUUGCCGGAGCGUAGAGCCGUCGCCUCACUGGCGGCUGCCGUCAAGGACGUUUCUGAGUCGGCCUUCCUUCUCCGGUUCUCAUCGCUGCACCGGCUCCUCAGAGUGACCGCCUGGUGUCUUCGAUGGCGACGAAACGGCACCCGGAGACCUCGCGGCACCACUGACACCGCACGAUCACUCGAAGCUUGCGAAAUCGAAACCGCACUCACUCGCUGGAUUCACACCACUCAGGCACUGCACUUCCACGACGAAUUCAACGCACUACGCAAAGAACGUGCCUUGCCACCUCGGAGUCCGCUCAUGAGUCUGAAUCCGUUCAUCGAUGACAGCGGAGUGAUGCGUGUCGGAGGACGACUGAAACACGCCAUGCUGUCUCAUGACGAGCGGCAUCCCAUUAUAAUUCCGCCGGAAUCCAGGCUGACUCACCUGAUGGUCGAUUCCUGUCACCGGCGAACCCUGCACGGAGGAGUGCAGCUCACCCUCGGGUUGCUGCGCCAACGGGUCUGGAUCCUGCGUGGUCGAGCGGUCGUUAAACGGGUCAUCCACCGAUGCGUCACCUGCACGCGAUGGAAAGCCGCCGCUCCACAACCGAUGAUGGGCAAUCUCCCCCGAGAGCGAGUGACUCCUGCACGCCCGUUCCUGCGCACCGGAGUCGACUACGCCGGCCCGAUCUUCAUCCGGACCAGCAAGGGGCGAGGCCACAAGGCGAGCAAGGGCUUCAUCUCAGUCUUUGUCUGCCUCAGUAUCAAGGCCGUUCACCUCGAGGCCGUCACUGACUACUCGGCAGAGGCAUUCCUGGCCGCCUUCCGCCGCUUCGUCUCCCGGCGAGGCCUCUGCCAUGAAAUCUUCUCCGACUGCGGCACGAACUUCGUCGGGGCGGAUCGAGAGCUACGAGAACUGUUCCGCGCUUCCUCCUCCGACGGCCGUCGGAUAGCUCUCGCUACAACCUCCGACGGCGUGAGAUGGAGAUUCAACCCCCCGGCAGCUCCACACUUCGGCGGACUCUGGGAGGCAGCCGUAAAAUCCACGAAGCACCACCUCCGCAGGGUCAUCGGCGAGGCCACCCUCACCUACGAGGAGAUGGCGACGCUCCUCGCUCAGGUGGAGGCGUGCCUGAAUUCACGCCCGUUACAGCCGCUGACGGACGACCCCGACGACGUGACGGCACUCACACCCGGGCACUUCCUGAUCGGAGCGCCCCUUCUGGCCGUCCCAGAACCGCCCCUCACCGCCGAGAAGGACACUGCACUCUCCCGGUGGCGACUUCUCCAGAAGAUGCGCGACCACUUCUGGGAACGGUGGUCGCGCGAAUACCUGGGCACCCUGGCCGCAAGACCGAAAUGGACCAGGGAUGAGACCGGCCUCAGCAUCGGCGACCUGUGCCUGCUCCGGUCCGAGAUCACACCCCCGACCAGAUGGCCGCUCGCCCGCAUCACGGCACUGCACCCCGGAGACGAUGGAAUCACCCGCGUGGUCACCCUCCGCACGGCGACGUCGAAGUUUACUCGGCCACUCGCGAAAAUCGUCCUCCUGCCGGGGGCCGACACCGCAGCACCAACAACUCCGGUCUCGUGA